AUCGGGACUCGCCGAUAGCGAUAAAAUCAAAAACUACCACUAGAACAUUUUCAUUUCCCAAUACUACAAUGGUCAAAGUACUCACCCCCGAACAAUUCACCCAACAAGUAGUCUUACAGUACACCGAUGUCAUCGGUGAGAAGUUAGGCGGUAAGGUCUUGGAGUUUAGUGACGAAUGGUUCGCUGCUGCUGAGAACUUGAUCAAGCCCAAACCUCCAAUUAGAGAUGCAACCAGAUUUACCCACGCCGGCGCCUGGUACGAUGGAUGGGAGACCAGGAGACACAACACAGCUGAGGCCGACUACGUGAUUUUCCAGAUGGGAGUAGCGUCUGCUAAGUUGAUUGGAUGUGAAGUCGAUACCGCUUUUUUCAGUGGAAACCAUGCCCCAUAUAUUUCUGUUGAAGCCACCACAUUAAGCGACGGCGACGACGUGAAAACCGCGAAGUGGGACUCAGUUAUUGAAAAGGUCGAGUGUGGAGCUUCCCAAAGGCACUUUUUUGCAAGAGAUCACAUCACUGCCGAUAGUUAUACUCACGUCAGAUUGAGAAUGUAUCCAGACGGAGGAAUUGCAAGAUUCAGAUUAUAUGGAACUGUGUUGCCAAUUUUGCCCAAGGACUUGUCGACGGUGGUCGACACUGCUUCAGUUAAGAACGGUGGAGUGGCCAUCAAGGUAUCAGAUCAACACUUUGGUUCUGCUGACAACUUGUUGUUACCAGGUCGUGGGCACGACAUGUCUGAUGGUUGGGAAACCACCAGAUCCAGACAGCCUGGACAUGUUGACUGGGUGGUCAUCAAGUUGGGAGCCAUCACCAAAGUGCAAGAGAUCAUUAUUGAUACCGCCCAUUUCAGAGGUAACUUUCCGCAGAAAAUCAACCUUAAGGGACUCAAGGCCAGUGAUGGAGAUGAUGUGUCUGUGGAGAGUGUGGGCUGGAGAACAUUGGUGGAAGACUCCAAAACUGGUCCUGAUAAAGAACAUACUUUCCAGGUGGCAGAUGGUGAGAGUUGCAGCCACAUUUUAUUGACGAUUAUUCCCGAUGGAGGAGUCAAGAGAGUCCGGGUUUUGGGUACCAUAGAGCCAUGAGUGAGUCUGUACAUCCAGGGAACUACAAGAGUUGUUAUUUAGCUGUAUAUUUAAUGCACGUGACUAUCCCUAC